AUGGACUUACACCGGGCAGCCUUCAAGAUGGAAAACUCAUCCUAUCUUCCCAACCCGCUGGCAUCUCCGGCCCUGAUGGUUCUCGCCUCCACUGCUGAAGCCAGCCGGGACGCUUCCAUCCCCUGUCAGCAGCCAAGACCCUUUGGAGUCCCGGUAUCAGUGGAUAAGGACGUGCACAUCCCCUUUACCAAUGGCUCGUAUACUUUUGCCUCCAUGUAUCACCGGCAAGGUGGGGUACCAGGAGCAUUCGCGAACCGUGACUUUCCCCCAUCCUUGCUGCACCUCCACCCCCAAUUUGCACCCCCCAACUUGGACUGCACGCCAAUAAGUAUGUUGAACCACAGUGGCGUUGGGGCUUUCCGCCCCUUUGCCUCCACUGAAGACAGGGAGAGCUACCAGUCGGCCUUUACGCCGGCCAAACGCCUGAAAAACUGCCACGACACGGACUCGCCCCACCUGCGCUUCUCGGACGCGGACGGCAAGGAGUAUGAGUUUGGAACCCAGCUCCCUUCCAGCUCCCCGGGCUCCCUCAAAGUCGAUGACACGGGGAAAAAGAUCUUUGCGGUCUCUGGCCUCAUUUCUGACCGGGAGACCUCGUCCAGUCCCGAAGACCGAAACGACAGAUGCAAAAAGAAAGCAACCUUGUUCGACAGCCAGGCCCCGAUCUGCCCCAUCUGCCAGGUCCUUCUGCGCCCUGGCGAGCUGCAGGAGCACAUGGAGCAGGAGCUGGAGAAACUCACUCAGCUGAACGUCAGUAAGAAUUCCAUACUGAAGGAUUCCAUGGCACCUGGCACCCCCAAGUCAAUUUUGUUGUCAGCCUCAAUCAAGCGGGAAGGAGACUCUCGGACAGCAUCGCCUCACUCCUCAGAUGAUAUCCAUCACUCAGACAGAUACCAGACCUUCCUGAGAGUGAGAGCGAACAGGCAGACCAGGCUGAAUGCUCGGAUUGGGAAAAUGAAACGGAGGAAGCAAGACGAAGGGCAGGUAUGUCCCCUCUGCAGCCGGCCUCUGUCAGGAUCCGAGGAGGAGAUGAGUAGACAUGUGGAACAAUGCCUUGCAAAGAGAGAAGGCUCGUGCAUGACCGAGGAUGACUCCGUGGACAUCGAGAACGAGAAUGGCAAUCGCUUCGAGGAAUACGAGUGGUGUGGGCAGAAGAGGAUACGUGCCACCACCCUCCUGGAGGGGGGAUUCCGAGGCUCCGGAUUCAUUAUGUGCAGUGGCAAGGAGAAUCCGGAUAGCGACGCUGAUCUCGACGUGGAUGGAGAUGACACACUGGAAUACGGGAAACCACAGUAUACCGAGGCAGACAUCAUCCCUUGCACCGGGGAAGAGCCGGGCGAAGCCAAAGAGCGGGAGGCACUCCGCGGUGCCGUCUUAAAUGGUGGUACGCCCAGUACCCGAAUAACGCCAGAGUUUUCCAAAUGGGCCAGUGAUGAAAUGCCCUCGACGAGUAACGGGGAGAGCAGUAAACAGGAGGCUCUGCACAAGACCUGUAAGAACAGCGACAUCGAAAAAAUUACAGAAGACUCUGCAGUGACAACAUUUGAAGCGUUAAAGGCUCGUGUCCGGGAGUUAGAAAGGCAGCUUUCCCGUGGAGACCGCUAUAAAUGUCUCAUUUGCAUGGACUCUUACACGAUGCCCCUGACUUCCAUUCAGUGCUGGCAUGUGCACUGUGAAGAAUGCUGGCUGCGGACUCUGGGCGCUAAGAAGCUCUGCCCUCAGUGUAACACCAUCACAUCUCCCGGAGACCUCAGGCGCAUCUACUUAUGAAGGACGCAGCAGGAGGGCGGGACCCAGCUACCCGGAUCAGCUCAUCAUACCAAGGGGGGAAAGAACGACAACAAGAAAAGACGUUUCAAACACACAGACUCCAGACGUGGACUCAAGGAUAAAGGAGCCGCGGGAAAGUCUCGGCCUCCGUGUCUCUCGUGUUGGGACCUCCUUUGGCGACGCCACAGCGAGCAAAACCAAACCCUUUUUUAAAACCAGUGUUCCCCUCUCCCCAGAGCUGGCUGUGCAUCGCGGAUGGCUUGUGAGCCCUUCCUUUGGACUGUGCUGUUCACUCCAACAACCCCAGAAGACUGGGAAGGGACCCUUGACAGAAAGAUGUUCAAUAACCUGUAGCUUGUGUUCUUUGUUCAGUUUGGUUGGUUGGGUUUUUUUGUUUUUGUUUGUUUUUUGGGUUUGUUUUAUUUUAUUUUUUGUUUUGUUUUUUUGUUGGUUUUUUUUGGUGGUGUUCUAGUGAUUUAAAAAAAAGGUUUAAAGACAAACCCCACAGGCAGAAAAUGAAGCACAUGUAAUAUAGAUUAUAUACGUUUACAAUGUUGUGUAUAAAUGGGAUAGACACAAACAUUACAUACUAAUAAGUUGCCCUUUUUUUGGUUGUAUUUUUUUUUUAAGAAGAAAAAAAAUGAGCGGAGAACAUUAAAUCCAUAUUUUUCUUGGUUC